AUGGCUGUUCCCCCUCAAAUGCCAGCUACGGUAUCGAUGACGAUCAUGGUCAGGACCCCCCCAGCUAGGGUACAGGCAGAGAACAAGCUGGGGCACCAGCCAGGGUACCAGCAACGGUACCAGCUAGGGUACCAGCCAUAUUACCAGCUAGUGUACCAGCUAGGGCACCCGCUAGGAUACCAGCCAGAGUACCAGCCAGGGCAUCAAUGGGAUUACCAGUACCAGCCAGGCCGCCAGGUCCCCAAGAUAGUCAGCAUCGAGGCGCAGGAGAGGAUCGAGGAGGUGCCGUUCACGCUGCAGCAGGAGCGCGCCGUCGAGGUGGAGCAGGUGCAGGUGGUAGACGCGUUCACCGAGGUCGUCAAGCCGCAGGUGCAGCUGGUGGACAAGCCGGUGCCAAGGGUGAUCACCGAGCCCCUGGAGCGCGCCGUCGAGGUGCACCAGGCGCCCCUGCUGGAGGAGCAGCCCGUGCCCGUGCCGCAGGUGAUGACCGUGGAGGCUCUCCGGGAGCAGCCCUACGAGAACAUACAGCAGGCCGUGAAGCAGGUCCCCCGCGUCAGCAUGGAGUACCGCGAGAGGCUGGUGGAGAUGAGGCAGGAGCUGCGCCAGGCGUCCGCGCCAGGAGGCGCCGUGCUGCACGGCCUCGCAGGUGCGGUGGUAGAUCGAGAGGCCGAGGGUUGGUGCGGGCAGUAUCCCAAGUGGAUGCUGAUCUACCAGGACGACUCCAUUUUUCUUCAAUGGUGGGACUGCGGUGCCGUCUGUUUGCUGGUGGUCAUCACAUUGACAGCGCCAUUCGAGACAGCUUUCUUCGACCGCGACCCGGUUCUGGACGGCUGGUUCGUGUUCAAGACGUGUGUUGACAUUUUGUUCUUCAUCGACAUGUGCAUGCAAUUCUUUAUCGUCCAAAAGGAUGAAAAUGGGCGGCUGGUGACCGAGCCGUGCGCGAUUGCAAGAGCGUACAUGCGAUGCUGGUUCUGGAUUGAUUUCGCAUCCAUCAUCCCCAUCGACGCCUACAGUAUAGCAACGGGCUACAAGCAGCGUCCCGGCAUGUCGGGGCUGAAAGCCGUCAAGAUAGCCCGAUUGCUUCGCCUCGUGCGCCUCCUUCGGCUGGCAAAGAUCCAGCGGAUAUCCAGCCGCUGGCACACCAGCUUGGGCAUCAGCAACGCUGUCCUGUCGAUGAUGAAGUCUCUGGCCGUGCUCCUGAUAGUGAUUCACUGGAUUGCCUGCAUCUGGGGGUUCACCGCCAUGCAGCAGCCGUGCGGCGGCGGGGGCUGGCUGUCGUCUAUGAAGGGCGAAGUCCCUGGAGAGGGGUGCUACAGAGAUCAGUGGGAUGUAUAUCUGCUGUCCUUGUAUUGGGCAGUAAUGACCCUGACAAGCAUCGGUUAUGGGGACAUUGUGCCCUUGAACACAUCAGAGUAUGCCAUCUGUACUGUAUGCAUGAUAUUCAUGGCGGCGUUAUGGGCUUACGUCAUUGGAGCUAUGUGCAGCAUCGUGGCGACCAUGCACCCGCAAGAGAUUCGGUUCAGACAGGACGUAGAUGGACUGAACGAGUUCAUGGAGGAUUUUGACAUGCCUGCCCAUAUGCGAAAAAAGAUGCGCAGGUUUUUCUACGAGUCCAGAGAAGUGCACAGGCACCGGAUCGAGAAGAACGUGAUUGACCAGCUGUCGCCUUCCCUGCAGGGCGAAGUCUUGCUGCACCUGCACAAGAAGUGGAUCAAAGGAGUGUGGUAUUUCUCCCAUUCGGACGACUCGUUCGUGGUGGCUGCCUCGCGCCUCGUUCAGAUGUGCGCGUUCGCGCCGGACGAGGAGGUCUACCAGGAGCGAACGCUGUUCAUUGUGCGCCGGGGCCUCUGCGCCCGCGGGUCCAACACGCCCUUCGGCCUGGAGAUCCACGAGCAGGUCCGCCUCCAUAUACGAAGGUCGUCCACGAAGGAGGAGUCUUCCAAGAACGGAGGACGGCGAUGA